GUAAGUGUAACCUCCACGCCUCCCAGUGCCUGCUGAUUGAUGGGAACCUCCAGUGCCAGUGUGAACACAAUACCACUGGGCCGGACUGCCAGCGAUGCAAGAAGGGCUUCAAAGCCAAGUCCUGGAAAGCAGGUUCCUACCUGCCUCCACCAAACGGAACCCCCAACACCUGUACAAUUGCUGGUUCCCCCUCCGGUUCUAGUAGAAAAGGGGCUGAGGAUGACGCUGACGCUGAGACUGAAGCCACAAUCAUCUCUGAAGCUGAAGGGUUGCAGGCUGUUACACAGGAGCCUUUUGGUGCUUCUUCGGAAGAGAAUUCGGACCUCAGCACCCCCGCUGCUGAAGUUGGAAACUCAGUUGUCAGUUCUCUAAACCCUCAUCAUUUUGAUAUAAGUGAAGACAGCAGAACUCCAGCAGCAGAAAGCAGAUUUACACCGAGCUCAGUCCCUCAAACGCACCACGCUUUAUCCACCAGCACUUCGACUGAGCCUCCGCUGAUACCAAUGGGACAAUCUGACACACUUGCUGUCAGAACAGAGGUUCAUGCUCCUUCCUCGUACUCUCUGCCGGGGGAGCACAGAGUUUCCCCGACACCGCGGGAGUUCACUCAUUCAGAAACAGUCCCUGAACACGUGCAUGUGUCUCACCCUGUCCCAGAAGGUCCCCCUCAUCACUCUGUCACUAAUCAUCACCAUCACCAUUCAGCCACAGAAGAGUCCACUGUCCACGUUCAGCAUCAUUCAGGCUUAAGCGAAGGAGGUGCCCACAGGUCUGGGGAACUGCAACACCAGACUCACGGCCACGAACCGAAACCUCCAUCUGGACAUGAAGGGAGGAGAGAGGAGGAGAGACGGGCGGAGGCAAAAGACCCCCACACACAUGAAACUCAUGGCCUCAAAAUACCUUCGUCUCUGCACGGAGAGAAAGGGAAGCAAACCGAAAGUCAUGCAGAAAUGAAAGACCCUCAUUCACCUGUGGGGCACACAGUCGAGGCUCAUGGACAUAAAACAAAAGCGUCCUCCGGGCAUGGUGAAGACAGCGAUGAGACUGAAAGGACAGUUUCCCAUACGUCGGAGGGGCACGCACAUGAGGUUCACACAUCGACUGCCUCAUCUGAGCACGGUGAGGAACAGCACGCGAAGACAAACGCUCACAAGACAGAGGGACACGGACACGAGACACAUGGCCACAGAACAACUUUAUCUGAACACGAAGAGGGAAGAAACGCAAAGCCUCAAACAGUUUCCCACGUGUUUGACGGACACGCACAUCAACCCCACGGCCACCAAACACCCGCCUCAUCCCAGCCCCACGGGGAGAAAAGGCAUGAGCAGAGCCAUGAAGAGAUUAAAGCUCACAGUACUCAUGAAGAAAACGUGCAUCAGGCUCAUGGCCACAAAGCGACAGCCUCAUCUGAACAUGGAGCGGAGGAAGGUGAAAAAAACACAGAAAGGCAAGUCUUCCACAACCAUGAGAACCAUGGACACGAAACAAGCUCAGUGGGGAACGGGCAGGAGGAGCCUGACAGAAUAGAGACGUAUAGGCACGAAACUCAUGGACACGUUAAACCAGCUGGUCAUGGACACGAGGUGCAUCCACACAGGACAGCUGAAAUACACGGUAUCAGUCCAGUCUCCCAUACACCCGAGCAACAGCAUCAUGGAAGCCAUGGUCACAAAGCUUCCUCUGUGCAAGGCCACCACACAUCUGAGGAACAUGCACAUGGGACUCAUCAAACAUCAUCUCACCACGGGGCGGAGCACAUAGAAAGACAAGCUGAAAGGAAAGAUCAGCACACAUCUGUGGAACAUGCACAUGUAAUUCAAAGUCAAACAUCAUCUCAUCAUGGGGAGGAGAGCAAAGCAGUUUCGGUCCACCACAAGUCUAAUGGACACGUUCAUGAAACUCAUGGCCAUAACACAGUAACUUUGUCUGAACACAAGACAGAUGAGGGAGGGCACAGUGAUACUCAAACGACAGUCUCCCAGAUGCACGAGGGGCACGGACACGGCCACAAAACAACAGCCUCACAUGGACAUGGAGAGGAGGGGCACAGUAAAGUAGAAAGGACAGAUCCACACAAGUCUAGCGGACAAGUACACGGUACUCAUGGCCACAAAGCAGUAACCCCACAUGGCCAUGGAGAAGAGGGGCAUCCACACACUAACCCUGAAAGGACAGAUCCUCAUGAGUCUCAGACCAAUGUACAUCAUGGCCACAAAUUAACUACCUCACAUGGACACGGAGAGACGGAGCAUGCAGCCAGAAAGGUUGAGAGUGCAGAUGCUCACAUGUCUCACACUCAUGUACAUCAUGGUCACAAAUCACCAACCUCCCACGGGCACGGAAGGACAGAGCAUUCGCACGGAAAACAUGAAACGACAGAGCCUCUGGAGACUCAUGGACACGUACAUGAGACUCAUGGUCACAGAUCAGCAGGCUCACACGGACCCGGCGAGGAGCAUACACACAGGAAAGUUGAAGUGACAGAGACUGACAAGUCCCACGGACAUGGGACUCAUGGUCACAGAUCAGCAACCUCACAUGGACAUGGAGAGGUGGAGCACACAGCCAGAAAUGUUGAAAGGACAGACCCCAUCAAGUCUCAUGGACAUGCACAUGAGACUCAUGGCCACAGAUCAGAGCACGGAGAGGACAGGCAUAGCCAAGCCCCAGCUCCACAUAAGUCUGAAGAACAUGGCCACAAAUCCACAACUUCCUCCGAACAUGAGCUGAAGAGCGGAGGGCACGGGGAAACUGGGAGGACAGUCUCCCACGUUGUUGAGGAGCACGCGCACAGCACUCACGGCCACAAACCAGCGAUCCCAUCAGGGCAAAGGGAGGACGGGCUGGAUGCCCACAGCCAUAGAGGGGCUGAAAAUGAAGAGCAUGGUGUGGUUGCAAAUCCUGAGAGAGGAAGAGGUGGUCACGGGACCACAAGGCACGGUGCUUGGAAAGAGGACGAAGAGGAAAAAGAAAAAGGGAAAAAGAAAGGGCUUCUGAAACUCUUGAUCUCAGGAGAGCCCCAGGUCAAACAGUUACUUGGGAUCAUAUACGACAAUUUUAAAGACUGUGAGUGCUACGGCCACUCCAACCGCUGCAGCUUCAUCGACUACCUGAACAUCGUCACCUGUGUCAGCUGCAAGCACAACACCAGAGGCCAGAACUGCCAGCACUGCAGACUGGGAUACUUCCGCAACGCCUCUGCUGAACUGGAUGAUGAGAACGUCUGCGUCGAGUGUAACUGCAACCAGCUAGGCUCCAUUCACGACCGGUGUAACGGCACGGGCUUCUGCCAGUGCAAAGACGGGGCCACGGGGGCCAAAUGUGACGACUGCGUGCCAGGAUACUACUGGAAGCAAGGCUGUUACCCUAACGUUUGCGACGAGGAGAUGCUGCUGUGCCAGAACGGAGGAACGUGCUACAUGAACCAGAAGUGCAUCUGUCCUCCGGAGUUUAAAGGGGUAUUGUGCCAACAGUCCCGCUGCGAGGCGGGCAAGGACUGCAACGGCGCUCCGUCGGCGCGCCUCUCCCUGGCAGCGCUGCUGCUCUGCGCUCUAAUCUACCUGCUGGCCACGUUAGCGCAACACUGAGCCACGAAAACACGCCCUCUCCCCCCGCCCACUCCUCGAGACACUGCGAGUGUGCGCGUACAAGUGUGUGGGACACAGACACACACAUACAACGGAGAGGUGGGGAGGGCCCCGUCGAGUUAUGGACCCCCCCGCGGCAGCACUCGGAACAAGCACACUCUCGCACCAAAACACUACCUAAGUCCUCGCAAGCCCACGUACACACACCUCACCGGACUGUUACGACGCCGAGCGUGUUUUCUCAGGGGUGAGAAGGACGAGCAGAGAGACGCAGACGCCUCAGAGGGAACGCGAUGCAGUCAAAAAAAAAAAAAGGGGGGGCGGGGGGAAGUAAAUCAUACCAACCACUGUACCCUUUAUUCCUCAGCUGGAGCAAUGUGCAUCAAACCAAAAAGCAUAACAAAAAAAGACACCUAAAUCACCACUGUUUUCACUUCAGAGAGAAUGGCUGUUAAAAAAACCCCACCAGGAUCUAUUUUUGUUCUGUUCUCCUUCUCCUUGGUUGAGCUAAAGAUCUCUCAUCUGUUAGACUGACUGACAGCUAAAGUGUGCGUGCGCGUGCGUUUGUGUGUGCGUGUGUGCGUGCGCGCUCAGUCACGUCGACUAAACGGACGGGUCCAAAUGAGCUUGUUUAAUUCUGCUGCUGCGGCCUACACACAUAAGUAUAUUAACCAAGUUUCACUUCUCCUCAAAAGAUGAGACUUGAUUUUACAUUUCUUCUUUUUCUGCUGCAUUUUUAUGUUUGAAUUGUACCUUCAGUCAUUUUAUCUAAAUGCGCCCACUAGCAGUCGCUGAGAUUAUACAUAUUAUAUAAUAUCCAGGGGGAGGGGUUAUGAAUAAAAAAAAAAAAGAAGAAGAAGAAGACGAAGAAGAGGACUUUAGUCACUAUUAUGGUUUUCGUAGGAAUCAGUGAUUGUUGCCACGCUUAACGAGAUUUAAUCUUCGCACAGUAUUCUGAAAGCAGAGUUUACCACUUUUCAACUAAUCAGAGGUCUAAAGAAGAGAGGAAAGAUGUAAACCACGUAUCAAUUAUAUGACAUUAUUUGAAUAUUUUUUGUAGAAAUUAUUUUUGUUUGAAGUUAUAAUAAAUUAUAAAAAAAAUAAAUUUACAACUAUUCCUAAUGUGCAUUUUAUUACACUGAUUGUAAAGCUUACAGUAAAUAUGACUGUUA